AUGGGGUUCCCUACCAAAAAUGUUCAUUGGAUCAUGACAUAUGUGUCAAAGGUAUCCUAUUCCUUGAUUAUUAAUGGAGGAUUGAGUCAUCCUUUUAAUGCAAUAAAAAGCAUUAGACAAGAGGAUCCUAUGCCCCCUUAUCUUUUUGUCUUGGCUAUGGAGUAUUUGGGAAGACAACUUAAUCAGUUAGCUAGGAAUGGGAACUUCAAUUUUCACCCAAGGUGUAGGAAAUUGGGAAGUGUGAAUAUUUGUUUUGCAGAUGAUCUAUUGAUGUAUUGCAAGGCUGAUAUUAUCUCUGUUAGGCUAAAUGAAGCAUUCAUGAAGUUUUCCAAGGCUUCUGGAUUACAUGAUAUUCCCAUAGCUCCAUCAAUAAGCCCACUGAGGAGUCCGCAGCAAGAGGAUGCGGUCGAGGUAGGAGUAGAGAAAGAUCAAGGGGUAGAGGCCGAGGAAGGGCAGCACCCGCCAGGGGUUGAGCUCCGGUUGAGAAUGCUCCCAGAAAUGAGAUCCCUCCUGCGCAUCAUGAAGAGAUAG